UGCCCACACAUAGACACACAAGACAACACGUGCACGCAUAUUGUAUUUGAGGCAUUUGGUAAACAGGUCUGGUUGACCUCGAGAUAAGAAGUUGUUCAGUGAUGCUAAAUACUGAAACUUCGUUGACUAGUAGCCUAAAACUGACAUGGUGCGGUGAGAGAUCAGCCUUUUAGAAUGAUGCGGAGGCUGUUUUGGUUGGGCAGAAUCAAACAUGAUAUCUGUUGGUCCAGUUCAUUUGCUUUCUUCCAUGGCGGUUGUACGCCGUGUUCGCGUUUUUAUUUGGCAACCAGGGGUGUCGAAAUGGUACUGAAAAAAUGGGGGCGGAAUCACUCAAGCCAAAACACAAACAGACGUUCUGCUCUGGAAGAGAACAUUUAAAAUAUAAAUAUACUGGCUGUAGCAUUGUUAUCGGAGAAUCCAGUAUUUCACUUUCUCUAAGCAAAAUAUUAUGUAAGGUAUUUAAAAUCAAUACAAUAUAGUGAUUAUGUAUAUUAUACAUUAUGUAUAUUAUAUAGCCUAGUAUGUAUAUUAUACAACAUAUCGUAAUGCUUUUUGUCAUGCUCAACUUAAACUUGAACACCACACUAGACUAUACCAGGCUAUCCCACAGCUUACGGUAUAGUUAACGCCAUGCCAUGCAACAAGUCACAGUCACCCCUUUUUAAAAGCAUACAAACAGAGCUAUCUGCUACCUAUAAACAAAUCCCAUCCAAAAAGAGGCGACUGUCUCCCUUGCAUAAAGAUAAGGAGGUCUACAUGUGUCACACUGAUUUGAAUCUUUCAAGAGGAGUUCAGUUGAUUCCUCUUGCCUGGAGGAACAACAUUUUAACAUAGGCUACGUAUCUUAAUCUUAACAUUAUUUCGGUUAUAAACAUGUUCUCAAAAGGAACUGGAUUGCUACAACAGUAUCUAAUUUAAAGUUACAUUUGAAACAAUAUUUGAAACAAUAUAGACAUAGGCCUAUACUAUACUGUCAUUGUUUUGUAUUUGCUCACAGCAGCCAAGUGUCGUGUCUGAUCGACCUCUGCGCAUACAUUUAUGAAUGGACGUGUUACACGUGCCAUAGACCUAUUUCUUUCUCAUGGGGGGUUAUCAUGGCGAAAAUGCCCUUGUAUUUGAAACAACCACAUCCCCUGAGGCUUCUUCUUGUGGUAAAUAAAUAAAUCUAAAUUUUCUAUUAAAUAUCUAUUUUUUGAGGAAUCAUUUACGCGUUGCUUUGAAUGUUGCGCGGCUCCCAUUUGCUCAAAUGGUACAACCUCAGUUCAUUCAUAAAAUUCUGACAGACUAUAAAUAGGAGGAGCUAGCACAGUGGUCUAUCACAGUUACCAGGUAUACGAACCUGGGAGAGAAAACACACAUCUGUAGAGGAAAAGAUAUAACUGCGAAGUAUUGUUUCCGUCUGUUACUGCCCAAUUAAAGAAGGAAAAUGUUUUCGAGCAACGCGAAUACCGACCCUGAUUCCUUGUCACGCUGCAGCUCAGCAUCUCCAGCUGGGGAAACCCUCGCCUACUAUCCACAGUCGCAAGCGGACGCUUUAUUGUCUACCUCAUCUGCCUCUCCGACAGAGAACACCCAGAUGGACGUGUCUGAGGUUCCGUUUGCUCCCACGGUAACUGCGAUCUCAACUACCCCAGAUUUGCAGUGGAUGGUCCAGCCGACCAUCAUCACGUCUGUCUCACCAUCUCUGGGCAGAGAUCAGACCAAUGAAGCAGAUAACUCCAUCCCAGCGACCCCCAAAGCAGGCGGUAGCAAGGGCAAAAAUUCCAUCAGGAGGGGGAAAAAAGAACUGCUCUCUCCGGAGGAAGAGGAGAAGAUGAGGAUAAGGAGAGAGAGAAAUAAGAUGGCAGCAGCAAAAUGUCGCAACAGAAGAAGGGAGCUUACUGAUACCUUGCAGUCUGAGACAGACCAACUUGAGGAGGACAAAGCCACUUUGCAAGCAGAGAUCAGUAGUCUGCUGAAGGAGAAGAAGAGGCUGGAAUAUAUACUGGCAACACACAGACCCACCUGCCAGAUGCUUACAGACUUGGAAAGUAUGCUCCAGGAAUCUACCACCUCCCACCAGCCUCCCUCUAGCCCUGACACCCUGAGCAAGCUCCUCUCUGAGGAAUGUCCCCAGGAAGCACCCGCACUGCAGGAGCUGGAGGACCCUACGGUGCCCUAUUCUGCUAUCUCAGGGAACUCCAACAUCUUGCUUUGUGCUACUGCAGAGGUCAGUGACCUCUGUGAUCUUGAGCCUAGCUUGGAUGUCAGGGAGGAGCUGCUGGACGAUCUGCUGGCCAGUCCUGAGGAACGUAUGUAUGUUGAGACGGCUCGUUCGGUCCCUGACAUAGAUCUGAGUGGUCCGCUGGGCCUGGCGGACUGGGAGACACUCUACAAGUCAGUAGCCAGUGAUCUGGAGCCUCUGAGCACUCCGGUGGUGAGCAUUUCGACGCCCACCUGCAGCAGCUAUCGGUCCGUCUUCACAUUUUCCUGCCCUGAACAGGACUCGGUCCCUGAUGGGUCUGAGUUUUACAAAGGAGGGCUUGGCAAAAGUGAUUCCAGAGUGGAUAUCCUCAACUCUCCAACCCUUUUGGCUUUAUGAGUGCUAUGAGUGACAGAGGACAGGGACACUAAUUGGAUGAGUGAUUGGAGUUUACUAGACUAUAUGUCAUGUUGUGUUGUCAAGAUUUUUGGAUUGAUGUGCUAUUGGUGUAAAGCCACUGGUUGAAUGGCUACAUCAAAGAAAAUGUUAAUGGUGAAAGAACUUGUAUUAACCAUCUUCCAGGUAGCUGAUGUAGCUAAAAGCAUGGCUAUUCAUUUUAUGGACAGGAAUGGACCAUGUUCUGGUUUGAAAAGCAUGCAGAUAUGCUAUAUAUUAUAUCAGAGUUCCAUCUAUGUUUAUUAUUGUUCUAGGUUUACUGUGUUGUGGAAUGCACAGAGUGGACUUGUGUUUUUGAUGGCAAUUGUAUAUUAAUAGCUCUGAAUGUUGUGCUUAUGUACAUAUCCGUCAUGGGUCUUGCAUACCUCACUGUCAUCAUUCAGACUGUGUUUUGAUUCAUUUGUUAAAAAUGUUUAGAGUUUUCCAUGAAAACAUCCAGUGCUAUAUCUAUUGAGAUGUACUCUACUAUAAUUUAUUUUUCUACCAUUUGAAUUUUGACUUGUUCGUCAAAAAAGUGAAAUGAGCAUUGAUUGCUUAUGAAUAAAUAUUGACAUCAAA